GUCUCUUGUUUGGCUUCUUCACUUGUUUAUAUUACCCAACCCUACCUUUCUUCUUCUUCUUCUUCUCUUUUUACCAUUUUUUCAGUUUCUGGCUGUUCCCAGUCCACUCUCUCUCUUCUCUCUUUCUUUCUCUACCUUUUGACUCCAUGCCGGUCUCCGGUGAAAUUUUCAACGGGUAAUAAUUUCCGGGGAUUGACCCGAGACAACAAGAUCUAAAUCUAUCUACCCAUUGGAGUUUUCUUAGAUUCGGAUCUACUUUCUCUUGUUCAUAAUCAUAUGGUAGAUUUGACUUUGGCUUCGGAUUUGAGGAUCGAUCUCAUGUUUAAUCUGAAAUGAUUUCUAUUUCGAUCGGAGAAGAAGAAAGAAAGGAACGAUUUUUUGUGACAUUUAUUUCUGUUUUUUGAUUGGUUAAAAGUUUUCCAGAUUCUGACAUCGAUUUUAGUAUUUAUUACAGAUUCUUAAUUUGGGUUUUGCAUCGGAGCUACAAGAUUAUCAUUCAUCUUUGGAAACUCAUUGGUUUGGGUAAAUGAAAGAUUUGAUGAUCAUGUUCUUCUUAUAUUGUUUUGAUUGAUUGAAGAUUCGAUGGAUAAGAUAAUAAAGAGAUGGAGAUUGUUUUGGAGCAACGGUCGAAAUCAGUGUCCAGAUACUGGGACAAGAGUUGCCCAAUUAAGAAAGACUUGUCUUUGAUACUUACAGAAGAAGAAGAAGAAGAGUCUUGACAAAAUUUGUUGUUUGUAUUGAAAUAGUUGUUUUUGUGUUGUGGUUGGAUUCUUUGUAUUAUACAUUAAUGGCUGCGGAAGAGCAUUCGAAUAAGAGAAGAGAAGUCUCUGCUUCUGCUUCUGCUUCUGCUUCUGCUUCUGUAGUUGUGAAUUUGAGGGUAGGAGAGGAGGAUAACGAUGGUCAUCGCCUCAGGUUGGGAUCUAGUGACUCAGUUCUCCCUGGUCUUAUCGAUGACGUUGCUCUUAACUGUCUUGCUUGGGUUCCAAGGUCAGAUUAUCCUUCCUUGUCAUGUGUAAACAAGAAGUACAAUAAGUUGAUCAACAGUGGUCAUUUGUUUGCUUUGAGAAAGGAAUUGGGGAUAGUGGAGUAUCUUGUUUUCAUGGUUUGUGAUCCGAGAGGUUGGUUGAUGUUUUCUCCUAUGAAAAAGAAAUGGAUGGUGUUACCUAAAAUGCCCUGUGACGAGUGCUUCAACCACGCGGAUAAAGAGUCUUUGGCUGUAGAUGACGAGCUUUUGGUCUUCGGGAGAGAGUUGUUUCAGUUUGCGAUUUGGAAAUACAGUUUGAGGUCUCGGUGUUGGGUCAAAUGCGAAGGAAUGCAUCGUCCUCGCUGCUUGUUUGCAUCGGGAAGCCUCGGUGGGAUUGCUAUAGUUGCGGGAGGAACUGAUAUGAAUGGGAAUAUACUAGCAUCAGCUGAGCUUUAUGAUUCUUCGUCAGGGAGAUGGGAGAUGCUUCCCAAUAUGCAUUCACCUCGAAGACUAUGCUCGGGUUUUUUCAUGGAUGGUAAGUUUUAUGUGAUUGGAGGCAUGUCGAGCCCUAAUGUAUCAGUCACUUUUGGAGAGGAGUUUGAUCUUGAGACAAGGAAAUGGAGGAAGAUAGAAGGAAUGUAUCCGAAUGUGAACCGAGCAGCACAGGCUCCACCACUUGUUGUAGUGGUUAACAACGAGCUAUUCACGCUUGAGUACUCAACCAAUAUGGUUAAGAAGUAUGAUAAGGUGAAGAACAAAUGGGAAGUGAUGGGAAGGUUACCGCCGAUGGUGGACUCGUCAAACGGUUGGGGACUGGCGUUUAAACCGUGCGGGGAUCAAUUGUUGGUGUUUUGUGGGCAACGAGGUCCUCAUGGCGAGGGCAUUGUGGUGAAUUCUUGGUGUCCGAAAUCGGGAGCUAAAGAUGGAAACUUGGAUUGGAAAGUGCUUGGAGUUAAAGAGAAUGUUGGUGUGUUUGUGUAUAACUGCGCAGUGAUGGGUUGCUAAAAUGGAAACCUUCUUUGUUGUUGGUCUUCUUCUUCUCUAUUGACUGGUCUUUUGUUUUUGCUAUUGGGAUUAUAAUGCUUGUUGUGUUUGUUCUGCGUUUAAUUUUUGUGGUAUAUUGGAAAAAAAUGAAGAGAAAAUUCAUUUACUAUGCAAGAUGUUUGCACAAUUUUUACUUUAAAGUUCCUCAUUUACUUGAAUGAAAAGAGAAGAAUUGUAUUGUUGUGAAUAGUGAAAAUACUAAAUGUGCGUUUUUGUAGUUGUGAAAAGUGA